ACAACGGCGGCGGGGGAAGCUGGUGAAAAUACACAGCUUGCUGUUGCAGCCGCUGUGUUGAGGGGGGACGGACGCACCAGCAGGGCCACGCUCCCUCCAAAGAGACACACACACACACCUCAUCGUCUCCAGCAGCAUCAAGACACACUCGCCGAAAGAAAAGGGAAACUGCAACCCGGAUUGCAGAAAAAGAGUCGAUUCUUCUUCAGCUGGUCACUCUUCUGCUGCUGUUAACCCUGGAGGGAAGAUCAUCAUUCAGGAUCUGACUUACACAAACAUGGACAAGAAACAAAAAUGGUCUCCAGGUGUUGAAGCUGUAUUAUUGAUACUGCUGAGUCACAUGACUGCAGGGCUUGAAGUGCCUCUUGAUCCUAAAGUACUGGAAGGAUUACCUCAACCCCCCACCAUAACUCUGCAAUCCCCCAAGGAUUAUAUCUUUGAUCCACGGGAGAACAUCGUCAUUCACUGCGAGGCCAAAGGAAAGCCUCAUCCCAGCUUUUCAUGGACAAGGAACGGCACCAACUUUGAUGUGGAGACGGACUCCAAAGUCCUGAUGAAGCCCGGUUCAGGAACGCUGGUCAUUGACAUCAGUGGAGAAAAGGCUGAUGCCUACGAGGGAACAUACCAGUGUACAGCUAGCAAUGAGCAUGGCAAAGCUCUGUCCAACACCAUUAUGAUCAGGCAGUCCAGGUCCCCCUUGUGGUCAAAGGAGAAAAAUGAGGCAAUUAUGGUGCAAAAGGGGGUUUCUCUCGUGCUUCCAUGUCGACCCCCGGCAGGCCUGCCUCCUCCUGUCAUUUUUUGGAUGGAUAACAACUUCCAGAAGCUGCCGCUGAAUAAGCGUGUGUCCCAGGCCUUGAACGGAGACCUAUACUUUUCCAACGUUCUCCCAGAAGACACCCGGAGCGAUUACAUCUGCUACGCUCGUUUUCCACACACGCAGACCAUCCAGCAGAAACAGCCCAUCUCUGUCGUGGUGCAAAACAGCAACCCAGAGGGGGAGCGUCGUCCCGGUUUCAAGUUGCCGAGCGGCAGUACGAGCAACAAGACUGUUCUGAGAGGAGAGACUCUGGAGCUGGAAUGCAUCGCUGAGGGAUUACCCACUCCUGACAUUUCAUGGCAGAAGGAUGCACGGAAGCUGCCCAGUGGCAGGGCAUUCUUUUCCAACUUCAACAAAACACUGAAGAUUUCUGACGUGAAUGAAGACGAUGCUGGCGAAUACCGCUGCACAGCGACUAACAAGCUGGGCUCUGCACAUCACCUCAUUAAAGUCACCGUUAAAGCUGCUCCUUUCUGGAUCAGUGCUCCCAGAAACCUGGUUCUGGCUCCGAAUGAGACCGGCAUCCUAACAUGCCGUGUUAAUGGAAAUCCUAAGCCAAAAAUUAAUUGGUUUGUCAAUGGACGUCCAAUAGAGGAUGUUUAUGAAGAAAAUGGCCCAAAGAUAGAGGAGGACACCGUGAUUCUCAGCAAUGUACAGACGGGAAGCAGUGCCGUCUUCCAGUGCAAUGCAUCCAAUGAGUUUGGUUACUUGAUGGCUAAUGCAUUUGUAAAUGUGCUGGCCGAAGCACCAAGAGUUCUUACUCUGCCAAACCAAGUGUACCGAGUCAUCAUGAACCACCCAGCGCUGCUCGACUGCGCCUCCUUUGGCUCACCAAUACCAACCAUCGCAUGGUUUAAGGACAGUCAGACCAGCAUAAAAAACGGCGACUCCUAUGUGAUCCAUGAGAACGGCACGCUGGAAAUCAACGUAGCUCAGCCGUUACACAGUGGGAAGUACACCUGCACCGCCACCAAUAACCUAGGAUUUAAAGAGAAUGAUGUCUUCCUGGAAGUUAAAGAACCCACUCGCAUCCUCACCCAGCCAACAUACAAAAAGGUGCAGAGAGGGAUGAGUGCUCUGUUUGAGUGUAAAGUCAAACAUGACAAAACCCUCAUGCCCACCAUGACCUGGCUGAAAGAUAACGGAGAACUACCGGACGAUCAGAGGUUUGAGGUGGGCGAUGACAGUCUGAUCAUCAGAGACGUGACCGAUGAUGACGCCGGCACUUACACCUGCAUCACAAGCACCAUUCUGGAUCAGGAUUCUGCAAGUGCUACACUGACUGUUGUUGAGGCAACUCCUCCUCCACCAAUUGUGUUAGAAAAGCCGGACCCUCCGACUGACCUGGAGCUCACCGACCAGAUGGAGAGAAGUGUUCAGCUCACCUGGAUCCCUGGAGAUGAAAACAACAGUCCAAUACAGAACUUUUUGAUUGAAUACAUGGAUCUACUCCACCAGCCAGGAGUUUGGGUCAACCUCACAGAAGUUUCUGGUACCACCACCACGGUCCAGCUGCAGCUCUCUCCAUACGUCUACUAUACGUUCAGAGUGCUGGCUCAGAAUGACGUCGGCUACAGCGACCCCAGUGACCCCUCGGCACAGUACAGGACCAACCCUUCAGCUCCGGAUGAAAAUCCAACAAAUGUGGAGGGAUCAGGAACCGAGUCUGACAACUUGGUCAUCUCUUGGAAGCCCCUCACAGGAUUUCAGUCAAACGGUCCGGGCCUGCAGUACAAGGUGCAGUGGAGACAAAAGGAUGUGGAAGACGACUGGACCUCGAAGAAUGUUGUCAACGAUUCCCAGCUCGUUGUUUCUGGAACACCAACCUAUGUGGCCUACGAAAUUAAAGUUCAGGCCUUCAAUAACUACGGCAACGCACCUGAACCCACAGUUGUGAUUGGAUACUCGGGAGAAGACAAGCCUUUGUCUGCUCCUGGUAGUGUCCAGGUCACUGUUCUUAACAGCACGCUGGCAGAAGUUCAGUGGGAACCGGUAUCAAAUCCCUCUGUCCGAGGUGAACUGCAAGGAUACAGGGUGUACUACCGUCGGGUACGAGGCCAGCAAGACCAAGAAGAAGAAGCAGGCGGGCAGGAGCAAAUUUUAACUUUCAGUGGUAACCGCAGUGAGGGAAUGCUGCCGGGACUUCAGCCUUACAGUGUCUACGACCUCUUCAUCAGGGUGUUCAAUAACAAAGGAGAGGGACCUCCUAGCCCCAAAAAGACCUUUGAAACCAAAGAAGGAGUCCCAGAUCUUCCUUCUUUUCUGAGCGUGAUGGACCACGGUUUGGACACUCUUACGCUAAAAUGGGGCCCACCUUUGAGCAACAAUGGACGCCUUACAGGAUACACUCUCAGAUACCACCCUGUUAAUACCACAAGUGAACUGGGACCAGUCAAGGAAGUGACUUUUCCAGCCAACGUGACUACCAUCACACUGACCAGCCUGGACGCAAGCAUGCUCUAUAAGUUUUACCUGAAGGCUCGGACAAGAAAAGGGCCUGGUCCUGAAAUCACAGAAGAGGCGUCCACAGCCAUGGAUACAGCUCUUAUUCAGCCCACUAUAGAGCCAGGCAAAGGCCCCACAGAGCCUCCUCACCCAACCUCCCCCAUCACUCUGUCUCUACAUCCCCCGCUCCACAAGGUGCCUUCUGCUGGGCCUGUGUUCGGAACAGUUAACGCUUCUGUGUCAGAGGAAGGCCCAGUGAUCAGUUGGGAAUACUUUGGACACAAUAAGAUUUUAUUUGUGGAAUAUGUUGUAGAGAACAGCGAUGAUGAAUGGAAAAGGGAGUCAGUAAAUGGUACACAUUCGCAUACUAUAAGAGGUCUAAAGCCGGGGACGUCUUAUUCUGUGCGCGUGGUAGCUAGAGACGGCGCCGGCCCGGCGGUCCACAAGACCAAAGAAGUGUCGGUUACGGUGCCAGCUGUCCCCAACCGGCAGGUAGACAUCGCCACGCAGGGCUGGUUUAUUGGACUGAUGUGCGCCAUCGCUCUCCUGAUCUUGGUGCUUCUCAUCGUGUGCUUCAUCAAGAGAAACAAAGGUGGCAAAUAUCCAGUUAAAGAGAAAGAAGACGCUCACCAAGACCCAGAGAUCCAACCUAUGAAGGAGGACGAUGGAACAUUCGGGGAGUACAGUGACACCGAGGACCACAAGCCACUGAAGGGCAGCCGGACACCAUCCAACGGGACGGUGCGGCGCGACGAGAGCGACGACAGUUUAGUGGACUACGGGGAGGGUGGGGACGGACAGUUCAACGAGGACGGCUCCUUCAUCGGCCAGUACAGCGGCAAGAAAGAGAAGGACACGCACGAGGGCAAUGAGAGUUCGGAGGCGCCGUCGCCCGUCAACGCCAUGAACUCGUUUGUCUAAGGCGGCCGCCUCCUGGCCGGAGCGGUUGCUGCUGCCGUCCCCGCGUCACCCUGGCAAAUGUGAUCGUCCCGGUGGUGACAAUUGCUAAGGCGACAGCCGUCGUGGUGCACCUACUUUUACCCUGUGGUUGCCGUCACUCUGGUGGUCAAGGCUACCUUUACACCAAGACUGCUGACAUGUUCUCAUCUCCACACCCCGCCGGCCCCAGUGGCACUGUGACCUACCAGUGAACACACACAUACGAAUCCCCCACAACCAUGAAAAGAAGAAAAGAGACAGCGAGCAAUACUGAAAAGCAGACGAAAAGUGCCAGAGGGGAUUUUACCACUCGGACUGAAACACGAGUGUGGCCAAGUGUACGUGUGCGUGUUAGUGAUCUCUUUACAAACAUGAUAAAUAUAGCGAAUAUAUAUAUAUAUAUUUGAUGGAAGUAUGGCAUAUGAUCCGCAGGCAGGCUAAUAUACGUGAAUCACAUUCAUAAGCAACUGCAUGGAGCAAAUCCUGUCUGUUAAGCAUUUUACUUUCCUCUCGUCUUUCUUUUGUUUUGUUUUUUUGCAGAAGUUUGCUGCAUCUUACACUGUAUUCGGUGCACGCCUAUGAACCAGGGUGUUAUUUUCUUACUUGCAGAAAAGUGUUAUAUGAUGUUUGACGUAUAGAAGAAAAAAUGGCAGCAGUGGUAUUGUGGUUCCAGCUGCGAAAAGAGUGACUCAAAAUAGAAACUAGUAGGUGUUUUCAUUUAACUACUUUUCUUUAUUUUAUUACAGAUGGACUGUUUGUGCGUGUGUGCUAGAGAAAGAGUGGGAGCUGUACUUCCAGGUCAGGUGUGUCCAGUCAUAAAGCCUGGAGAGACAGCCUGGUGUCGCACGCUAGCAACGCAGUGCUAAACUAAAUGUUUUCACGUUUUCUCACAUUGCAACCUUAUAUUUCUAUGGAUUUUAUUGGGAUUCUAUAGGAGAGACCAACACAAGGUGAUUCAUAAUUGACACAUGGAUUUCUCUAAAUAUUUUUCACUAAGAAAGUGGCGUGCAUUUGUAUUUUGCUGAAUCACACUAAUCUUGUUUUUGCAGGUGAAAAUUUUUUGGGGUAUGUCUCUACCAGCUUUCUAAAUCUAGAAACUGGAACUUUUGCCCUGGGGGAUUUCUUAUGUUAUAUUUCCACCACAUUUUUUCAUUUUGCAUGUUGGCAAAACGAAAAAAAGAAGCUUAAUAUAGGCUCGUUUUGUUUUGCAAAUUGUGUCAUAUUCUUUCCUUUUGUGGUUAAUGAAAGUUGUCGUGAUACAGUUUGUUCACUGAUCCCCCAAUGUAUCUCCUCCUUGGUGAUUUUUAAAGACAAGUGCUGAUAGUUGGAAACUUUUGACUUUCCUUGGUUACAGUUUAGCAGGGGGCUUUUCUGGUCAUGGGUUCUUUCCAGGUACUUUGAUUUUUUUUCCCUCCUCAACUGAAAAACAUGCAUGCCAUAUAUCUGGCCUCUGUGAGCGCCCGCAUGCCCUCAUGUCCUUUGUCAUACAGGGUGAAUGCCUCCGUUGUCCAUUGUUCAGAAGUUAAAGGCACACCCUCCAAUUAACAGGCACAUGUAGAAAAAUGGUUGGAUUUUGUCUGGAUAAAUCAAGGCGUAAAAGGAGCAGAGCACAAAUGAACGCCACCCUUUUCUUAUUUUACAAUUGCAAAAAAAUAUUGGUUACCAUAAAUCCAUAUCCUUCUAUUUUACCGUUAUGCAACGUCUACGUUGGCCAUUAGAAAAUACAUUGAAGCUAAGGUUGCAAUGUAGCAAAAGCCAAUAAAAAAAACGUAAAAGUAUCAACACAUUUCCAAGCCACUGGCUCCAAACAGUCCUGGUUUCUACCAUCAUCAUUGUAUUCUAUUACAAUGAUUGUUUUCUAUUACUGUUGCAUUGUUGCUGAACACUAAUGACUGAUCCAGUGUCGCUGCCUAUUGCUUCCACCUGCUGUGCAAUCCCUGUCAACACUCUCCCAUCUUAACAUGAAAUUCACUGGCAUUAAUCCUCCACCUUUGUGUUAUGUACACAUACUUACAGAAAUAUUCUAAUCGUACAAGUUUGCUAAGAAUAUUUGGGGUAUUUAACGACGUGUUAAAGCUGUCCGCAUGGUUUCUAGUGCCUUGGUAGAAAACAGUUACCUAGAUCCACAGUUCAAUGCCAAUUUAUGCAAACCAAAAUUUUCAAAACAAGGUGGAUGUUCAAAGCUUCAUAAAAGGCACUUCAUGGAAAAAAAAGAGCUUUUAAACAAAAAUUUUUGUUUUUUAAAUAGUUCUUAAUAUAAAGCUGAUAAUGACCUUUAUUUUGCCAGAAAAUAUGACAGAUUUCACCAUUUUGUAAGCUUUAAAGAACAAAUUAACAAAUUGAAAUGAUAUUCUUUGAAAUGAUUGGAAAAACCCCUCCAUGGCUGUGUAUUCUAGAGUUUCUUCAAGGGUGUCCUUGUUUGUUUUUCUAUGUUUGGGAGGUCUGAAAGAUCGAAUGAAUGAUAGCUGACGUGAGACCCAGAUUACCUCCUCAACUUCUUUUACAAUAUCUGAAGAAAAUGUUAAGUCCAGGUUCCCACACAAGGCUGAAAACAGAUUUCAAAAGUGGCAGCAAGUGGAAGGAACCUACUUUGACUCAAUGGUCGCAGCUUUGCCGACAAUCAUGUUUUUCAGCUUCCAUCCUCCGACAAAAAGUUAAGCAAUUCUGAAAUGAGCAUGUGAUGGGAAACUCUAGAUCGCACCUUCAUGUCAAACAUUCCCUUUCUCAACCCAUUCAUCAAAACCCCAAACUAAAGUACUGCCAAACUGCUCACCAGAUAACUGCCAGUGUGAACCAGCUUCACCACCUUGUCUCGUCCUGUUGUAACCGUCACCAUUGGGGAAAAAUAAGUGGAGGUCAGGAGAUGGGGGAUAAUAAUACUGAAUGUGGAUACAAGUGUAUCUGUUUAUGUGAAUGAAAAUACUGCUUGUUUCGUUUCAAGGAGUGAUUGCACUGGUGACUUUGAUUUAUGCAUUUAUGCUUACCUUCUGCAGUAUACGUUAUUACAGUCUGAGUGCAGGUUUCAUGUUUUUGCAGGUGUGAUUGUCUGAGUUCACGCGUGUGCCACACAUGCAUGCUGCAUAUGUCUGCGUGUGUGUGUACGUGUGUGUGCAUGCGCGUAGUGCACAGUGCUUUCCAAUGUUCCAAUGUGUGUCCUGUAGUUUGCUCCUUCUGGACAUAGGAGAUUCUUUUUUUUUUGUUUUUGUUUGGUUUCUUAAAGCAUUUUAAUGUCUUAUCAUAACUUGCAUCAAGUUUUUAGGUUUCAACAUGCCAGAACAACGCGUGUAGAUCUGUAUUUUUUUGUCUAUUGUAAAUAACGGUUUGAUUUGAGCGUAGACGUGUUAAGAUCAGAGUUGGCGUGGCGUGAGGAAGUUAGACUGUGAGGAAUUAGACGACUUCUAGUUUUCACUCUUUGAUUUAGUGUGAUCUUCUUUUUGGAGUUUUUUUUUUAUAUUAUCGUCAGGUAAACAUGUUUAGCCUACAGUAUCGGAUAUCACCUCUGAUGAUUUAACUUGUGACUGAGCUCUUGUGACACCUGUAUUGUUUCUAUUUCUGGCAGUCCAUGCACAUUUUCUGCCUUUUUAUAUUAAUAUAUAUAAAUAUUACAAAAAAAAAAUAAGUGGACUAUUAUUUCAAAUUAAGUUUGCACAUCUAAUUUAGGACAACCAGAUUGUCCUAAAUUAGAUGCCUUUUUUAAGGAUUGUGCACUGGAAAAUGAGAAAUAUACUACUAAUUUGGAGAAUACAAUAGGAUGGCAUGGACACACUAACUGGUGCAUUUCAGUGUGAAUACCCUGGAAAUAAUGUUGCUGGCUGAAACGGUAUAUAAUUAUAACAUUUUGGUUAAUGUUGAAGCUACAUGAGAAGCAUGAAAGGCUGUUGAAUGGUUUACUUCACAAUAUAAUACUGCAAAAUAUUUUGUAUUUUAAAUGAAGUACAAAAAAAAAAUGAAUAAAUGUUGGUUUCGGGAUUUCAAA